GGUCUGUUAAGUGUCGCAGCUAACAGGAAGUCUGGACCAGACUCCCUUACUGUUCCACCCAGCCGGGUCUUGAUCCAGUUUUCUCCGAGUAAACGGAGCCAGAAAGCGGCGUGAAGCGAGGAGAGCCCGCCGGGAUGGAGGAGUAUCAAAACGGCAGCGAGGGUUCAUUUAACUCAGAGGAGGCGGAAGUCAUCGUUAAAGAGGGCAUCGAGAGCGUGCUGGGAGGAGACGACUACAGCCAGAACCAAGUGAACAAAUGGACCGCCGCCAUCGUGGAGCGCUGCCUCACUCAGUUCGUCAAACUGGGCAAACCCUACAAAUACAUUGUAACGUGCUCCGUGAUGCAGAAAACCGGCGCCGGCCUCCACACCGCCAACUCCUGUUACUGGGACACCAGCAUGGACGGAAGCUGCACCGUGAGGUGGGAGAACCGGACCAUGUACUGUGUGGUCAGCGUCUUCGCCGUCUCCAUCGCUUAGAGGUCGAGGAGCUGCAAUGCGGCGAUCCGAGCAGCAGGGGGAGCCAGACGACAAGCUUCUGUAUCUAAAGCUGCAGCUGUAUCAUGUAGGAAGGAUGUUUUUAUAUAAAAGCUGCUGCUAAAUAAACAAAGUUCUGGACCAAA